ACCCCCCCACCCCCAGCCCGCCUUCCCCGCCUAACGGUCUUUUUCGAGAGAGGGGGUCGCGCCUGCGCGUGGUGGUCCCCGAGCGCUCGCCUCGGCCCCCCGGCAGAGGAGUGCGCCUGCGCGGAACCCUGAGCCGCGCGCGCUGCCCCCGCCCCCGCCCCUCCCCCGGUCGGAGGCGGCGGAUGCGGGGCCUGGGUCGCCGACUCCCAGAGGAGGAGGAGGAAGAAGAGGAGGAGGAGGAGCUGCCGCCACUACCGCCCCGGUGCUGAGGGGGCCGCCGGCCGGGCCCUGCCCCGGGGCCCCGUGACCGCCCACCCACAGUGAGAUUUACAGAUGGAUUCAGCAGAAAAGACAACAAAUAGAAGUGAACAGAAAUCCAGGAAGUUUUUAAAAAGUCUAAUAAGGAAGCAGCCCCAUGACCUCUUGCUGGUCAUUGGCACAGGGGUCAGUGCCGCUGUGGCCCCUGGCAUCCGCGCCCUCUGCUCCUGGAGGAGCUGCAUUGAAGCUGUCCUGGAAGCGGCAGAGCAGCUAGAGGUCCUGCAUCCAGGAGACGUGGCAGAAUUCCGGAAGAAAGUGAUGAAAGAUCGGGACUUGCUUGUGGUCGCUCAUGACCUGAUCCGAAAGAUGUCACCGCGCACAGGUGACACCAAGCCCAACUUCUUCCAGGACUGUUUAAUGGAAGUCUUUGACAAUUUGGAACAGCAUAUCCAGAACCCCACAGUGCUGCAGUCUAUCCUUAGCCUCAUGGAGCGGGGAACCAUGGUCCUCACCACCAACUAUGACAACUUGCUAGAGAUCUUUGGCCAGCAGCAGAACAAGCCGAUGGAAUCCUUAGAUCUGAAAGAUAAAACCAAGGUUCUCCAGUGGGCCAGAGGGCACAUGAAGUAUGGAGUCCUUCAUAUUCAUGGCUUAUACACAGAUCCCUGCGGGAUGGUUUUGGAUCCUUCAGGAUAUAAAGAUGUGACCCAGGACCCUGAAGUAAUGGAAGUUCUGCAGAACCUGUACCGGACCAAAUCCUUUCUGUUUGUGGGCUGUGGUGAGACACUGAGGGACCAGAUAUUCCAGGCCCUUUUCCUGUACUCUGUGCAGGACAAGGUGGAUUUGGAGCACUUCAUGGUAGUGCUCAAGGAGAACGAAGACCACUUUUUCAAGCACCAGGCCGACAUGCUUCUGCAUGGCAUUAAAGUCGUCUCCUACGGGGAUUGCUUUGACCACUUCCCAGAAUAUGUGCAGGACCUCGCUGCCCAGAUCUGCAAACAGCGAAGUCCAGAUGCUGACCGAGUGGACAGUACAACACUGUUAGGCAAUGCCUGCCAGGACUGCGCCAAGAGGAAGCUGGGAGACGACAGCCUCGAAGUUCCCAAAAGAAUCCGACAGUCUGAUCCAGAUGACUCUGGAGGGUCUUGAGAUCCUGGAGACCCCUGAGACCUGCGCCUGGAAAAGUAACCUCUAAGCAACCAGUGCUGGCCCCAGGACCCCCACUCAGACACUGACACCUGAGGGAAGCCCCAAGAGAACCCAGAGGGGCGUGGCCCAGGGUGGGGCAGAGUGGGGCCUUUGCACAGAACUACUAGGGAUUGACAUUUUUACAUUUCAGGUAUACUGGGAAAGGACCCUCCCAACCAGCUCAGGGAUAAAGUCCAAUUGGCCUCCCUGUUUGUGAAGACCCUUUUUAAAGGGGGUGGGGGAGAUGGCAGAACUGCAUUGUGACCCCACCCCCACCCCAGGGUGCCAAGGAAUGAGGAAACUCGAGCCCCUCACCUUGGGGCAGCUCCUGGGGCACAAACAUGUUAGAAAGCAGUUUGUUUUGUGAACUAGAACAAGAAGGGCUUGGGGCUGCAGGGAGUGGGGGGGCUUCCUUGGCAGCAGCAGAGCAGCUCUGUACCCCCUAAAGUAGCCCGGGGGGGACCCUCAGGAUGUUACACUCCUUUGUACUCCAAGACUUGGCCCAGAGGCAUGAGGAUUGGCUGGAGGAGGGGCCCGGGUGGCCUGGGGUCAGGUGGUGUAAGCAGAACUUUGCCAGGGGCCUGCUCCACUCUUAACUGGGCAGGCCUCGAUUGACAUCAGCAGUGCCCUGCCCGUGGCUGGAGGGCACCUGGCCUGGUACCUUCACCUCUUACACUCUAGGGAGGCUGCCUCCUAGUCACUGGGACAGCCCCCAGGGAAGCCAGGAAGUGGAAUCUAGGUCAUUUCUUCUUUGGAGGGGUGGUCCUCCAUGUCUCUGGUCAGUAAAAUAAAGCCUGAAUGAGCUUGGUGCCAUGGCUAGUC